UACAUUCAAAACCUACACGUAUAUAAUAUCUCCACCUCACACAGAAACCCCAGUGAGUAACUGGGUCGGAUUCGGGUCGGACCACCAUGCUCAUCGCCUACUCCUCCGUUGCUUCUUUACCAAUUCUCCGACCUAAAUCCGCCGACAAAUUCACCCGCCAUUCGCCGCCGGCGAAGCGUGGUUUAAAUGUUUACGCAAGUGAAAUUCCGGCAUUCCUUCCUAAAGAAUUGGAGAGUAUUAAGGACCCAUUUGCCAGAAAGUUAGCUUCCAGGAUUGAGAGAAUGCCUGUUCAUCUAAGUUUGUCAAAUACAAGCAUCAUGAGUAGCUGCGUAAAGCCAAAAGAACAGCCCGAUAAAUGCCCGUUGGUUCUUCUUCACGGUUUCGAUAGCUCGUGUUUAGAAUGGAGAUAUACUCUUCCGAUGCUCGAAGAAUCUGGUUUAGAGACGUGGGCCGUCGAUGUUCUUGGAUGGGGCUUCUCUGACUUAGAGAAGCUUCCGUCGUGCAGUGUAGCUUCAAAGCGUGAUCAUCUCUAUCAGUUUUGGAAAUCAUAUAUCAAAAGGCCAAUGACAUUGGUUGGACCAAGCCUGGGAGCAGCAGUUGCCAUUGACUUUGUAGUCAACUACCCAGAAGCUGUUGAUAAGCUGAUUUUGAUCGAUGCAAGUGUCUAUGCUGAAGGUACCGGAAACCUUGCAAAGUUACCUAAACUGGUGGCAUAUGCUGGGGUGUAUCUUUUACGAAGCUUACCAUUGCGACUAUUUGCAACUUCAUUGACAUUUAACGGUGCAGCUUGGGAUAAGUGCUUGGAAUGGGCUAAAAUUGGCCGUCUUCAUUGUCUGUUACCUUGGUGGGCAGACGCCACUGUCGAUUUUAUGAUUAGUGGAGGCUACAAUGUGACUGCUAAUAUCAAACAGGUGAAGAAAAAAACACUUAUUAUAUGGGGAGAAAAGGAUCAGAUUAUCGACAACAGGCUCGCUGUGAGACUGCAUAGUGAAUUACCAAACGCAAUAAUACGGCAAAUACCGGAUUGCGGCCAUAUCCCUCAUGUGGAGAAGCCUGAUGCCGUUUCCAAGUUAAUUAAGGAAUUUGUUCGAGCCGAAAGCGACAUAGUUGUACCUAGAUUUAUCAUGUCUUAAGAUUAUAAUUAUUUUAUACAUGGGUGAUUAAUGUCAGAUAAUUAGCUGAAAAUUAUGUAUGUAUGAAAUGUGGUUUAUCUCCUCUGUUUAGUGAUUGAUGGGGUUGUCUUAAAAAUCUGAUCUCUUUUUUUUUUCUUAUCCAAGAGUAUCAAUAUUGACUGGUGUGUGAAUGAAACAGCCUUUGUUGAUUAAGAA